GCAGAAGAAUUAUAUAGCAGUCUUAUAUAUAGUCUUAAACCUAAUAUCGACUUAGUAUUAGUAAUGGAUAACUUGCCAAAUUUGCAGAGUAGAUAUUGUUUUAUUAAGUAUCUUAUAAAUGGCCUUAAGUUAGUAUAUAAGGAAUUACUAAUUAGAGCCUAUUUAUCUAGCAGGGGCAUCCUUGCUAGAAAUAGCUAUUAG